AGGAGGCAGCCGCUGAUCUCUGACAGUGCGCGAGAGACAGUCAUCUAUACGAACACACUGUACCCAGUCUCAGCUGUUUCGCUAAAGUGGCACAGCAUGCAUGAAUACCCCCCAGGUGCAAUGGGUCCUAUAAUCGGGAUGUCUCCAGACAAGAAGGCGGAGGCCCCGGGGCCGCGGGCGGAGCGGACGGGGCUGCGGACCGCGUUGGGGGCGGGGACCCUGCCCGAAGCGGAGAGCGCCGCCAGCCCCCGGGCCACCAGCCUGGACGGGGUGGGCGGUCCUGAGAGCGUGACGGAGGACGAGGAGCUAACCAACCUCAACUGGCUCCACGAGAACCUGCUGCAGAACUUCACGCUGGGCGGCCCCGAGGCUCAACCCAGCGGGAGCCCCCUCUUCGACAUCGAGGGAGACGGAGGCUUGCCCCACGCCCUCUCCUCCUCCUCCUGCUCCUCCUCUUCCUCGCCGUCGUCCGCCUCGCUCCCCCGCGGGCGGACCCGGGAUAAGGACCCACUCAAGUCCAAGCCCCCCUUCUCCUUCUCCCUGCUCAUCUACAUGGCCAUCGAGCAGUCCUCCCGCAAGUCCCUCCCCGUCAAGGACAUCUACGGCUGGAUCUUGGAGCACUUCCCUUACUUCUCUAGCGCCCCCACUGGAUGGAAGAACUCGGUGCGCCACAACCUGUCCCUCAACAAGUGCUUCCGGAAGGUGGACAAGAGCCUAGGCAAGGUGAGUGGCAAGGGCUCUCUCUGGUGUGUGGACCCCAAGUACCGACCCAACCUGCUGCAGGCCCUGAAGAAGCAGCACCUGCCGACGGGCCAGGCCUUCUGCACACCCCCUUCCUCCCCACUCAGUGCCUCCUCCCCUCCGCACCACCUCCUCCUGCGUGACCAGUGUUGCUCUGCAAAAGAGUCUGACAUCGAUGCUGCCACUGCCAUGAUGCUCUUAAACUCUGCCCCCGAGCACCACCCUGAACCAUAUGGUCGGGACAGCCCUAUAGAUCUCUCUCAGAGGGACCUGGUAGUGGUGAGCAGGGACCCGAAACAGGACCACAACUACAGCAGCGCGCCCCAGCAGCGUCGGACGGCACGCUCCAGGUCCUCGUCCCUGUCCUCCCUGGACGAGGGACGCACCCCCCGCAAGACGCACCGUGCCGGGAGCGAGGGUUUCCACAGCAACGAGGACUCCGACCACGACCCCGGCGCCGGCAGGGCGAGGCCCGGGCAGAGGGGCGCGGGGGGCCGGCGGCCGAAAGCGACGGCCGGCGGCCACGCCCGCGUCUCCGCGGAGGUUCCGAGGAAGCGGGCGUGGCUAGAACCAAAGGCCGAGGUGGACGAGGAACUAAAGGAGGCGGCCGGGUCGCUCCUGCAUCUGGCCGGCAUCCGCACCGGCCUGGAGGCCACAAAACGCACAGCCAGGAGCAAAAAGCUCAACUGCAGGAAAUGAGAUGACCUUUGACCUCCCACCCCCUCCCCGGUGCCCGCAUCUUGGCUUCCUCUCCUCCGUUUUUGUGAAUCGUACCAUUUUUCCGCAUCUUCUUUUCCCUGCACGUGGGGGGAAAGUCCCCAUUCAUCCAACGGAAAUAGCAAUAUAAUCUUCAACAAAGGAGAAAUAAAGCCAUAUUGAGACUUUUUGAUGACUUAAAAAUUAAAUUAAUUCACACAUUAAAACACCCCACAGAAAUUAGCUACCAGCGACAUAGGUUGGAUCUACAAAUGGGUGCGAUUUGUGGGAUUUUAGAAAAAAAGUCGCCAAAAAAAUGUUCACAUGAAAAGUUGCAUGCUUCCAGCUCACAGGAGAGAAGAUGAUGAGCAUGAACAUUUCAGACAAAUUCCUGACUAGCCUGUGCCACAGCGUGGUUUCCUUAAAACUUUCAAAAGCAAAGAAAAUAAUUUGCUUGCUUUGGAUUAAAAAGACUAAGACUUUGUUUCCCUGAAUAUGAUACAAAGAGAAAUGCAAUAAUUGUUGUUAAAAAACAAACCUGUAAUUAUUUUCUUUUUGUUUUUUGUAAUGCUUUUUUUGUAUUGUGUCUUUUUGAGGGUUUUUCUGUGGACAAGGAUUGCUUGGAUACCAAGUGGGUGUGUCUAACUACACCUCUGCACCCCCGAUUGGUUCAGACCUCUUGUCUGUUCCCUAUCAACUGCCCUGGAAGUUUCCAGAACCCUGUUCACUGGGGCUGCGGUAGGGAUGAAACGCAAGGUCCAGCUGAUCUCGGUGACCAUUUCACCGUGAUCAUAAUUCCAACAGCAAGCCUCUUCUUCCUCCGCAAAGACUUCCCUCUUCCUCCUUACCCUCAUGUUCCACUUAUUGCUAUCAAUGUUAUUGUCAUGGAAUUAUUGCAGUUUCCUUAUGGUAUUUUUCCCCACUUUGUCCAGGCCAUAUGUAAUGUUCUGAAAAAAGAAAAAAAAAAACACUGCCCAUGGUUGUGUUUCCAUGUGCUUAAAUGGGGGUUGGUGUGUAGCGUGGCAUUAAAGACAAGCUGAAACGGAAGUUAGAACAGCGCUAGCUUCUGCGAUAUGACGCACGUGCGGGUGGGCGGGAAGUCUAUUUGUCUGCCGUUAAAUGAGGAGGGGCAAGAAGAGCUGUAGCCUAUGGUUCUGAGGGGAAGAAUAUGCACUGCUGCCCAAAAAUAUAUUGAUUGGUACCCGCUGGUACACAAUGACGUCAAAUCUGCUAAAAAAACAUUGGUGUGAAAAAGUAUUAUCAUUUUAUUAAUUUUUUUUGAAUAUAUACUUUGAAACAUGUUCUUAUGGUUAUGAAGAAUUGACUACAUUGAGGAAAAAGUGAAUUUGGAUUUCAGCUUGUCUUUAAGACAUUGGUGUGAGGUUCCAACAUGAACUGGCAUGGCAAGGGGUUGUCUUCUCAAGCACCAGUUUAAGCAUCACCAUUUCUGCUUUCUUUAACGCAUGAACUUAGGUAAGCAUUGGUUGGUUGUCUCCAUUUUUUGCUCAGACCCUAUGCAAGGUGGCACUUCUGGGGAGCGGGUUUGUAGGAGGGUUGUAAAGUUCGGUCCACAUCAAGAAUGAUAGCUGUAAUGAUCUCAAUUAGAAAUCAUUCUUACUCAAAUGUGUGGUGGAGUCCACACCACAACUGUAACGACAACGAUGGUGACAAACGAUAUCGUUGGGAUCACUUUCAGAGCUUUUUCCAGCUGCAUGAAUGAUACAACACUGACAGCCAAUCAAAAUCCGUCCAAAUUUACAGGACAUCACAUGAUGAUAUACUGCAGCCAAGAAGCUUCUUAUAGAAUGUUAUCACUCCUCAGUGUGCAGCUGUGAUUAUGGUUAUAGUUAUUGUUACUUGAUGGGCCUUAAAACAUGGAAACUGGGAAUGCAGUGGUUGUGUGAGCGUGUGCAUACUGGGUAUAGUGGGUUAAAGAGGACUGGUUUAGCAGGAUACCCUAAAAUGAAGAGUUUAUAAACAACAGACGCUCAGUUGUCCAUAAACUCGUUUCUUUAGCUGUCGGUCAGUUAUACCUGAAGUUUUUUCCACCGAUCUACCCUAGCUGUAGACACUUAUAUCUGAAGCGUUUCCACUGUCCAACCUUAGCUGCCCGUAGGUCAGUUAUGUUUCAAACAUUAUACCACUGACUGACCUUACAGAACUGUGCAAAAGUCAGAGACCCCUCUUUUUUAAAUCUAUUUUUCCAGUGAAAGCAGUCAUUAAGUGCAAGUUAUUUAUUUUUCAGUUUCAGAAAAUAAUGCAGCAAAUAUACUCAGUGAGCACUUCAUUAGGUAUUUAUUAGACUUAUUUUUUUAGACUCAUUAAGUCUUCUGCUGCUGUAGCCUGUCCACUUAUAGGUUUGACGUGUUGUGUGUUCAGAGAUGCUCUUCUGCAUACCACUGUUGUGAUGUGUGGUUAUUUGCAUUACUGUCACCUUCCUGUCAGCUUCGACCAGUCUGGCCCUCCUCUGACCUCUCUAAUUAACAACGCGUUUCUGCCUGCAGAACUGAUACUCAAUUUUUGGAUUUUUCGCAUCAUUCUGAGUAAACUCUAGAGACUGUUGUGCGUGAAAAUCCCAGGAGAUCAGCAGUUACAGAAAUACUCGAACCAGCCCGUCUGGCACAAAUAAUCAUGCCACAGUUGAAAUCACUGAGAUCACAUUUUUCCCCAUUCUGAUGGUGGUUGUGAACAUUAACUAAAGCUCCUGACCCGUAUCUGAUGUUAUGCAUUGCACUGCUGCCGCAUGAUUGGCUGAUUAGAUCAAACAAGCAUGAAUAAGUAGGUGUACAGGUGUUCCUAGUAAAGUGCUCAUUGAGUGUAUAUUUAACACACAAAAACCUCUGUACAGUAUCCAGUAUUUAGUGUGUCCACCCUUUGUUUCCAUUCUUUUCAGGAGACUUGCUCUGAGUUUUUCAAAGAAAUCUACAGGGAUAUUGUUCCACACUUGUAAACAACUCCAAUGGUCAGAACUGUCUCGUUGAAUUUUCAGCUUUUCUCGAUCCAAGUUACUCCAAACCUAGUCGGUGAUGUUAAGGUGUGGACCCUGGGGUGGCCACAGUCCACUGUUCUGAGAACACCACUGGCUUGAUCUUCUUAGCAGUGUUCUUAGGAGUCAGUACCUUACUGUAGAAGGAAUUUGCUCCCAAUGAAAUGUUGUCCAGAAGGUAUUGCAAGAUAUGUUAAGAUUUGUGUUCAUGAGCAUUCAUGAUGCCUACAGUCAAAACUAUUAAAGCCAAAUCACCAACUCCUGAUGUUGUUAUACAACCCCAAACAUGUACGGAUCCUCCACUGUAAUUUCCUGGUGGUUGUAGACAUGGUUCUGUCCUGAAAAGCUCAAAGCUGGACGCAUCGGCCCAUAAAACCUUAAUCCACAUCUCAGGAAGUUUUGAUGUGCUAGUUAAAUUUUUUGACAGUGACACAUUCUUACUGUCUUAUACCAUUGACUUGUCUUCUCAAUAGGGUUGCCACCUUUGAUUUGUGAAAAACCGGACGGACAGGACAGACGGACGGACGGACAGGGGGGUGGGGUGGUGGUGGUGGUAUGAUGCACUCCCUGACCCAGACACAGAAACACCCUGACGCAGUUGCAGUCUCUGGACUCCUUUCUCUGCUGCCGUCUUUUUUCUACAUUAAAUACAGAUUUGUUUUUCUUUAACGUGUAAACAUAUACUGUCUUAUUAUAAUCUAUUGUACAAUCUAAUCAUGUGUCCAAAGGUAUACUUGAACGCUCCUGGCUGUAAUGCGCUAGGACAUUAUGAACUAAAGCUUCACUCUUUUUUCUUCCACAUGACGUUUUUGUGGCAAUACUGAAAUCAUGAAAGAUUUUCACACUUUUUUGCCACAAGCUGUAGAUAAGUAGCUGUGGCCAUGAAGCACUCUGUGGUGUCCACUGCUAAGCUCUGCUACUGCUAUCCUGUCUUCCUCUGGUGACCCUUUUUUUGUCGUAACCGUUGCAAUUGCUGGAUUCUUGCAUUUGCGUCAUACGAAACUCUUUGGUUUUGCAUGAUUUUACAGCCCUGUUUUUCUUUCAUAUUUAACUGAAAUUUUGGCUGGUCACAAAACACAGGUGGCGGAGAACGGGUCUCCUUGGGUGGGCGCUACGCCGCCAAGGCUGAUGGGCUAGUCACGAUGCAUAUUUCAAGAGGAUGGACAUAUAGACAAAAUCUAAAUAGUCAAUUGUGCAGAAACGGUAAAAAUUGAUCUAGCCUAUUGAAAACCAAUACAUUUUCCAGGACUGACUAUUAAAAAGGACAGUCCCGGGAAAAAUUGGGACAGGUGGCAACCAUACUUCUCGCAGUGGAAGGAUUGACAGAAAUACCUAGAGAUUUUUUUCUCUCAAAGAUAAAAUCUUUAAGUACCAUCUUUGUGAUGGUUAUAGUUCCAGUAGUCUACUGGUUCUUGCACAGUGGUGAGGAGUUCCAUUUUCUCUGUAUCUUGCAAUAAUCCUUUGAACUCCAGUUUUUGAAAUGUGUUUUUUCACCAAAAAUUUUUUUAAUUACUAUAUCUAAUCAUAUCAGGAAUAUCUCCUGUAACUGUAACAAACAGCUGUAAAUGUUCUCUUAACACAAUCUUUCCUGAACUAUUGUCUGAUGCUGAAGAAAAACUGCACUGAAUGGCUGAUUUGGCUGGAAAUUGAAGAAAAGAAAGGGUGGUCUUUGAAUUUUGCAUAGUACCGCAGCUGUAGGUCAGUUAAAGUGUUUCAUCUCAUCUACUUUUUUGCUAGAAAACAAUAUUCUUCCCUUCCCUUCUUGCUGGUUCUCUUUUGACCAUACCGUCCUUUGUGGUUCAUUAGAUUUUUUUUGUUGUUGUUUAGAAUUGUUUAGGAGUGUUUUUUUUUCUUUCUUUUUUUCUUCCUGAAACUCAAGUUCAAAAAAAGUAUUAGAGUGUGAGUGCCAUUGUUGUUGCUUGGAAUUGAGCAUGCCCACUGAGCGAUAUGCUUGUCAUAUUCUCCUGGGGUAGGGACAAGUUAUGGUAGGGGAAUAGGGGGGUUGGGGCAUGGGGACAGUGUCAUCUGUUUGCAACUCUAUGAGUGUUCACCCACCCUGCAUUGUCAACUGAGAAUUUCCUGUUUUUGGGAGGAAGUGAAACACAAUGAGAAAUCCUAAACAAAACUGCAAACAAGAAAAAGCAGCACUUAGAGAGCUGGAAAGUGUUUUUUUUUUUUUUUUUCAAUUAGUAUUCAUUGUGAGUGCGGAUCAUGUACCAGAAAUACAGGAAGUGGAAAUAGGCUUGUCAGGGGUUCCUAUGGCGACUGCCUGAAUUUUGUCAUUGUGGUUUCCGACCCCAGGGACCUUAAUGGUGAGGGCAGGGAGUUACACGUAUGUCUGUUUGUAUGUAAUACUCAAGUUCAGAUUUAAACAAACCUGUCCAGGGCUCUGUUUGAAACCACAUACUUGCCAUACUACUCGUACUACAAUGAAUAUCAGCCUGAAAUUUAGUACAAGUAGCACAUGUGUGCUAGUAUGCGCUUUCAAACACAGCCCAGGUUGGUGUCAGCACAACCUGGACACCCCUCUUCCAGCGCAUGAUGGUUUGCUCCUUCAUGCUAGGCUUCUUGUAUUGUUGGCUACAGGCAGCAAUUUAUUAAACUUCAGCAAAGGAGAGCGAGCCCAAGCCAGUAUACUGCCAACCCCUGUGGGGGGUCUACUCCCAGAAGUAUCCCAUAGUUCUGUGCAGCGGUGCUCCAGCUCAAGCCUGCAGUCCACAUUCACUUGGUGCAUAAGCUGUAGUUGGUACCAUAGAAAGCUCCGACUACUUACAAUGAAACAUACCAUCUGUGUAGAGGUUGGACUCUAGGGAAGGGAGUGGGGGAGGUGCUGAAGAGAUUAAUAUUUUUGAAGGCCUAGGUUGACAGUAUUGACAUACAUGUGCUGCCUGGGUCAUCAACAAAUAUAGUGAUAGGGUUGUUUAUUAUUUCAUGCCUAUUACUGAACAUUGAUGAGAGUUUCAAAACAAAAUGAUUAUGAUUAUUUGUUUUUUUUUUAUCUAACGUAAAGCUGCCAAUCCAGUGAGUAUUUGCAUCAGUUGUCUGCCAUGUCUGUUAGACAGACACAACCUUUGGUUUUUGUAUGCUAACCUGUGUUAAUAAAAUGUUUAUAAAGUUUAUUUUCGCCAAAGAUAUGCAAUUGCAUUAUAUAUGGUGUUACUGAAUAAUAAAAAAAAUCCUUGUUUUAUGAUA